GAUGGUUGUUUACUAAUGGUGAAAGCUGCUCUCUUGGAGGUAGGGAUCAUUAGUACAGCUGUGUGUCUGCCAGUCACUAGUGUUAUGGCUAGUGUUAAAAACUGGAUUUUCUCAGUGUUAGAGAAACAUAGAGGUUUAGUUGUGUUGUUGUUUUGUUUGCCAGCCAGUUUCUUGUUCGACUUAUUAUUGAGAAUUCACUGCUAUAUAGUUAGACUAUGUGAUUGUAGAACUCAUCUUGAUAAAGUGAAGGAAGUUCAAAGUGCUGUGAGAAGAUGGAAUGACUUACCAUUAUCUGAGAGAAAGUUACUGUGUACUGCUAGACCUAACUGGCUCAGCCUGUCUACUACAUUUUUCCAAAAAGAUCAGUGCCACAAAAUAGCUAUUCCCCUUUACAACAUUUUAAGUUUAGAUGAAGCAAAUUUGAGUGUAAAAGUCGAACCUCUAGUUAAAGUUGGGGACAUAACAAAAUAUUUAUUGCCUAAAGGCUAUGCGUUAGCUGUGCAUUUGGAGAUAGCAGAAGCCACCCUCGGGGGCCUAGCAAUGGGGGUCGGGAUGACCACCCACUCUCACAAGGUAGGAUUGUUUCAAGAGACUAUUCUGUCUUUUGACAUUGUGUUGUCAGAUGGAAGUUUAGUUCAUGUUACCAAAGAUAAUCAAUUUUCUGAUCUCUUCAAAGCACUCCCUUGGUCACAUGGGACAUUGGGGUUUGUUGUCGCCUUAGAACUGAAAAUUAUACCUGCAGAGCCUUUUGUACAUAUGCACUAUAUACCAGUGAUAGGAAAAAAGCGGUAUUGCUCUCUUCUCUAUGAACUGUCAGGAGCAUCUGAUACAAAGAAAAACACUCCAGAUUUCUUAGAGGCUACAAUUUACAGUAAACAUGAAGCGGUGAUCCUUGCUGGUUGGUUUUCCGACAUUUCUGACAAUGUGGAGGUGAAUCAAAUUAACAGGUGGUACAAACCAUGGUUUUAUAAACAUGUGGAAACCUUCCUCAAAAAGGGGAAAAGUGAAGAACUAAUCCCUCUAGAAGAUUAUCUCCUACGACACAACAGAUCUAUUUUUUGGGUUUUGGAGUCCAUGCUGCCAUUUGGAAACCUCACCAUUUUUAGAUACUUAUUUGGCUGGUUACUUCCCCCAAAAAUUGCUUUCCUAAAAUACACUACAACACCAGGAAUAAGAAAACUGACAUUCACAAAGCAAGUUUUCCAAGAUAUUGUUCUACCAUUGGCUACACUAGAACAACAGGUUGACCGGAGUGAGGAGCUCUUCGAUCUAUAUCCUCUGCUAGUGUAUCCUUGUCGCGUGUAUGACUGGGGACCUAGGUCUGGUCAAGUUCCUACUCCCUCUCCUGACAUGCUGUGUCCUGGAACAAAUUAUGCAAUGUACAAUGACCUGGGUAUAUAUGGCGUUCCUGGACAUGUGAAGAGAAAAUCUAAAUACAACCCUACUGAAGCUAUGAGGAAAAUGGAGUCAUUUACCCGGAGUGUUGGUGGAUUUUCCUUUCUCUAUGCAGAUAUUUUCAUGACGAAGGAAGAGUUUGAACAGAUGUUUGACUUACAACUAUAUGAACAAAUGAGGAAAAAAUACUCAGCUGACCAUGCAUUCCCACACUUGUAUGACAAAAUUAAACCAGAAAUAGAUGUACUUUCUAUUGGUACUGUAAUCGACUAGAAUUUGAGUAAAUAAAGAAUUGGUAAAACUGUCAUCGCUUUAAAUUUAAUUUUCUAAAUUCAAUAAAGGAUGAUGGCAAGAUAAGUGAUAACCAAUUUUGGAAUACCAUUGCUGACGCUAGUUAGCUACUUUUCUCUGUUAUUGGUGGAUUGGAUUUCACCUUUGGAAUAUGCCCUCAAGGAGUAAAAAGAAAUUCUUUAAUGACAGAUUUUGUUGAGUUGUGCCUCAUUGUAAUUAUAAUAUAUAUUUUUUAGUAGCUA